GCUGCUGCUGCUACUGCGACCCGUGGGCGCCCGUGCCCAGGACGACGACGCAGACUACGAAGAGCUGAUGCUAGCCCUCCCGUCCCAGGAGGAUGACCUUGCGGAUGAGGUCCCGCAUGUGGCCACUGCCACCUUUCGCCGGUGCUCUAAGGAGGCCUGGAGGCUGCCAGGCACCUAUGUGGUGGUGCUAACAGAGAAGACAGAACGGCUGCAGAUUGAACAAACCACCCAUCGCCUGCAGACCCGGGCUGCCCGCCGGGGCUACGUCAUCAAGGUUCUCCACAUCUUCUAUGACCUCUUCCCUGGCUUCCUGGUGAAGAUGAGCAGUGACCUGUUGGGCCUGGCCUUGCAGCUGCCCCACGUGGAGUACAUUGAGGAAGACUCCUACGUCUUUGCCCAGAGCAUCCCUUGGAACCUGGAUCGGAUUAUGCCAGCAGGGCACCAGACAGAGGAAUACAGCUCCUCCAAUGGAAGUGGCCAGGUAGAGGUGUAUCUCUUAGAUACCAGCAUCCAGAGUGACCAUCGGGAAAUUGAGGGCAGGGUCACCAUCACUGACUUCAACAGUGUGCCUGAGGAGGAUGGGACACGCUUCCACAGACAGGCCAGCAAGUGUGACGGCCAUGGCACCCACCUGGCAGGUGUGGUCAGCGGCCGGGAUGCCGGUGUGGCCAAGGGCACCAGCCUGCGCAGUCUGCGUGUGCUCAACUGUCAAGGGAAGGGCACGGUCAGCAGCACCCUCAUAGGCCUGGAGUUUAUUUGGAAAAGCAAGCUAACCCAGCCUUCAGGGCCAUUGGUGGUGCUGCUGCCCCUGGCGGGUGGGUAUAGCCGGAUCCUCAACACCGCUUGCCAGCACCUGGCAAGGACUGGAGCCGUGCUGGUUGCUGCAGCUGGCAACUUCCGGGAUGAUGCCUGCCUCUACUCCCCAGCUUCCGCCCCAGAGGUCAUCACAGUUGGGGCCACCAAUGUCCAGGACCAGCCAGUCACCCUGGGGACUCUGGGGACCAACUUUGGACGCUGCGUUGACCUCUUUGCUCCCGGGAAGGACAUCAUUGGUGCUUCCAGUGACUGCAGCACAUGCUUCACGUCACAGAGUGGGACGUCACAGGCUGCCGCUCACGUGGCUGGCAUCGUAGCCAGGAUGCUGACCCUGGAGCCGGAGCUCACCUUGGCUGAGCUGCGUCAGAGGUUGAUCCACUUCUCCACCAAAGAUGUCAUCAACAUGGCCUGGUUCCCUGAGGACCAGCGGGUGCUGACCCCCAACCUGGUGGCCACAUUGCCCCCCAGCACUCAUGGGACAGGCGGGCAGCUGCUCUGCAGGACGGUGUGGUCAGCACACUCGGGGCCCACACGGACGGCAACUGCUGCAACCCACUGUGCCCCAGAAGAGGAGCUACUGAGCUGUUCCAGCUUCUCCAGGAGCGGGAGGCGACGGGGUGAUCAGAUAGAGACCACAGGGGGCCAGCAGGUCUGCAAGGCCCUCAAUGCAUUUGGGGGUGAGGGUGUCUACGCUGUCGCUAGGUGCUGCCUGCUUCCCCGUGCCAACUGUAGCAUCCACACUACCCCUGCUGCCAGAGCUAGCCUGGAGACCCAUGCCCACUGCCACCGGAAGGACCAUGUGCUCACAGGCUGCAGCUUCCACUGGGAGGUGGAAGACACCGGCGUCCUGCGGCAGGCUGUGCUGAGGUCCAGACAUCGGCCUGGCCAGUGUGUUGGCCACCAGGAGGCCAGCGUCCACGCUUCCUGUUGCCAUGCCCCAGGCCUGGAGUGCAAAAUCAAGGAGCAUGGGAUCUCAGGUCCUGCAGAACAGGUCACCGUGGCCUGUGAGGCAGGCUGGACCCUGACUGGAUGUAAUGUUCUCCCUGGGGCAUCCAUCACUCUGGGGGCCUAUGCCGUGGACAACACGUGUGUGGCAAAAAUUCGUGACACUGAUCCAGCAGGCAGGACCAGCGAGGAAGCCACAGUAGCUGCUGCCAUCUGCUGCCGGAGUUGGGCUCACCAGUGA